GCAUGAAUACAAUAAAUAUCAUCAACACAUUUGCUCAAUUUGCAAAUUGAAAUUGUUAUAUAAUUUUCAUUUGUUUGUUUCGUGCUCAUUUAAUGCUUUGUAAUUAAUUGCUGUUGAAUUCUUCAUAGUAGAACAAUCUAAUUACGAUAUUUAUUUUUGAACUUAACCACGAGAUCAAUGUCGGAUGAUUCAUUACGACGAGAAUUGGCCAUUGCCGUCCUUCGUGUUGGUUUGAUUGCAGCUGCAUCAUAUCUGACCGUUAAAUGGAUGAUCAAUGCCAUUGAUCCGACAAGAAAACAAAAAUCAAAAGCCAAAGAAAAGGCAGAAAAAACAUUACAAAGAAUUGGAAUAUCAGCAUAUAAAAAUGUACUUUCAGAAUAUGAAUUAACAAUAGCAUCACAACUAGUUAAUCCUGAAGAAUUGGAAAUUAGUUGGAAAGAUAUUGCCGGUCUGGAUGAUAUUAUUGAUGAAUUACAAACAACGGUUAUAUUACCAUUGAAGGUACCGAAUUUAACCGUUUAUUCGAAAUUACAUGAACCACCAAAAGGUGUUCUAUUGUAUGGGCCACCCGGUGUAGGAAAAACAAUGGUUGCUAAAGCUACAGCUAAAGAAGCUGGUGCAAGAUUUAUCAAUUUAGACAUCUCAGCAUUGACUGAUAAAUGGUAUGGUGAAUCACAAAAAUUGGCAGCCGCUGUUUUUACCUUGGCAAUCAAAAUACAGCCUUGUAUCAUAUUUAUUGAUGAAAUUGAUUCAUUUCUACGUAAACGUGAAACACAUGAUCAUGAAGCAACAUCAAUGAUGAAAGCACAAUUUAUGAUACUUUGGGAUGGUCUUAUUUCCACUAAUAAUUGUUCGGUUAUUGUUAUGGGAGCAACAAAUCGUCCAAAUGAUGUUGAUAAUGCAAUACGGCGACGAAUGCCAGCUACAUUUCAUAUUAGUUUACCUAAUAAUGAACAGCGGCAAAAAAUAUUACAGCUAAUAUUAUCAAAAGAAUCACUUGAUCAUGAUGUUGAUCUAGUAUCAUUGGCCAAACAAUGUGAAACAUUUAGUGGAUCCGAUCUAAAAGAAUUAUGUCGAUUAUCGGCAAUGAUACGUAUAAAAGAAUUAUCACAUUCAUAUUCAAAUCAAAUUGAUCAUACAAAUAUUGAUCAAUUAAUGUUGAAUUUACGGCCAAUACAAAUGAAAGAUUUUUUAAUGGCAUUAGACAAAAUGAAACGUACAAAGAAUAAUGUAUUGGUGAAUGGAUCGGAAUUUUUCGAUAAAUUAGCUUAUGAUUAACCAUCAUCAUUAUCACCAUCAUCAUCAUCAUCACUCUACUUUGGGUAUUCAAAUCAAAACAUCCUAUAUAGGGAU